AGUUGGUACUUGACAUGGUGCAAGUCAUUCUCCAUAGCACUCUCUCGGUUACAGGGUCUAAUCAACUUCACUUUUUGUGUAAUUGAUGUCUAAUCCUGUUCAUAUAUGUUUUUGGAAUCACGGUCUAUAUUAGAAAGGAAAGGUUAUGGAUGGCACUCUUUUGUUGUUUUUGCAGGUGGAUAAUUAUAUUAUUGGAGCCCUAUGCGGAGUGAUGAACCAGAUGGCUUCAGCAUGUGGUGAAAAUAACAAAUUUCUUGCUAUGGUGUGCCAGGCACUACUUGGACAAGUGUUGCUUGUAAAAGACUUGAAGAUAGUUACUUUAUGGUCUUUUGGUUCUUAGAAUGUUAUGUAUAGUAGACAAUGUUUCUAUGGAUGUUUGAAUAUUUAUGAUAAUGAACAUUUAGCCAUGUGAACAAAUUAACGACAUAUAUGAAAAAAUUAAGAAGCAACAAGCUUGGUUGUAG